UUUAAGAGUUUUCUUCUUGACAGCGCUUUUUUUUUUAACGUGAACAAAAGGGUUUUCAACAGGUCUUCGUUCACUUGUCUGGUUCAGUAGAUCAUCAGGUGGGCUCUGGUGUGCACGAGCAAGCGGCUGACGGUGAUAAAACACUGAUACUGCAGCACGUUCAGUCGGAGCAGUAACCGGGGCGCAAGCGUGUCUGAGAAAAGGUGCAUUCGAGCUUUUUGAUUUCAGAAGCAGGAAUAUAUCUUUAUUUGAGGCAGUAACGGAUGAAAUGUUCAACUGUUUUUUGUAGCCAAAACUUCAAGCAGGGGGAGACAGCAGAGUUUUGACUGAGGUAUGGAGGGCUCUGCUUGGACGGUUGCAGAAGAGCCCACUGGUGCCUACGAGGUGACUGUUGCCCAGAACACCACGGCUCCUCACAACUACCCGUUUGCAGACGUCGCCCUGCUGCAGACCUUCAAACCCCUCAUCAUCCCAUGUUACGUUCUUGUUGUGCUGGUGGGCGUCUUUGGCAACUAUCUUCUGAUCUAUGUCAUCUGUCGCACCAAGAAGAUGCACAACGUCACCAACUUCUUCAUCGGCAACCUGGCCUUCUCAGACAUGUUGAUGUGUGUGACCUGUGUGCCGUUCACUCUGGCCUAUGCCUUCAGCCCUCACGGGUGGACUUUUGGACGCUUUAUGUGCUACCUGGUGUUCAUGAUCCAACCCGUCACAGUAUAUGUCUCAGUUUUCACCCUCACGGCUAUUGCUGUUGACAGGUACUACGCCACAGUUCACCCAUUGAAGAAGCGGAUCUCAAUGGCGGCUUGCGCCUAUGUGCUGUCUGGAAUCUGGCUUCUUUCAUGCAUACUUGUAGCUCCCGCCGUGGUCCACACCUAUCAUGUAGAGUUCAGAGAGGAGGGUUUGACAAUAUGCGAGGAGUUUUGGUUGGGUCAGGAGACCCAACGACUGGUCUACGCAUACAGUACACUCUUACUCACCUACAUCCUGCCUUUAUCCGCGGUCUGCGUCUCUUACCUUUGCAUCUCCGUCAAACUACGCAACUGCAUUGCCCCUGGGCACCGCACACGAGACCAAGCCGAGGCCCAACGUGCACGCAAACGCAAGAUCUUCAGGCUGGUUGCUCUAGUUGUGGCAGCGUUUGGAGUCUGCUGGCUGCCCAUCCAUGUUUUUAACGUGCUACGCGACAUCGAUAUCCGGCUAAUCAACAAGCGCCACUUUCUGUUGAUUCAGUUGUUGUGUCAUCUGUGCGCAAUGAGUUCGUCUUGCUGCAACCCGUUCCUGUAUGCGUGGCUACACGAUCGUUUCCGCGCAGAGUUGCGCAAGAUGUUCACGUGCCAUCGGCGCAUCGGGAUACCGGCCAACCACUGUGUGACAGCGAGCGUGGUACUGUGACCAUCUCUGCGGGCAGAGAAAACAGAUGAAGUGCAAUGUAUUAUCUAUAAAUGGACCGUAAAAUCCUGUAAAUGUAAGUGUAAUGUAAACUGUAAAUGUCUGGAUUGAAACUAACACAAUGUAUCGGAACACUUUUUUCACACUUAAUUCGUACUCAAGUUCGAUUCCACCCCUCUUUUCCCUUUCAUACCAACCGAAUGGACGGAUCUCUAUUGUCAAAACAGACUCAAGUUUGUAUGAAAAGCUCCAGUGUGAAAGCACAUUUAAUGUGUUUGAGUGGCACUCAUUAGGACUGCAAAUGCAUUUGUCAUGUAUUGACAAAUUAUUCAUUGUUACAAACUUGCACAUUGCAAUUGAUUCUAGCCUUUACAUUGCGCUAAAAGAAGUUCUCCAAGUUUGCAAUGAAUUGUUGGUUAAAACGACCACAUUCGACAAGAUUUAAAUCAAUAUUAAUUGAUAUUAACAGCCCAUUUUACUUUCAUAAUGUGCCGCUUUCUGAUAGAGACAGAAUAUUCAAUCAGAAAAUAAUACAAGGACUUUAGGACUUUAACAUUUCAUUCACUGGAAAUUUAAUUGGAUCAUGAAAAACAAAAAAUGAAUAGACCAGCACAGAUGGCCGUGAGUGCUAUAUGACUAGCGUCUAGCAAUUUUGAUGAAAGAUCAUGAAGACUAACAUAUUUUUCUUUUGAAUAACAUGCACUAAUGCAUCUUUCGCAAUACGACCAGGAACAUGUAUCGUAGAAGUGAACAGUCAAUUUUGACUUCAUGCCAUUAGCGUGUUGAGUGAGUCCUUUUGCCAUUUGCUUUUCCAUUAGCAAAUUCCUGUUUUUAUUUUUCUGUCUCAAAAAGGCCUUUUCACAAACAUGAAUCAUCUAAGAGGAUUUCUGUGAUCAUUCAAUGAAGUUAAACAAUAUAAAUGUGCAAGGCAACAAAUUAACUCUCUUGUGAUAAAGAUGUCAAAGUCUGCCUCAUUGUUGAGAGAAUAUGGUUACACAAGCAAGUCGGACGUAAGAAAAUAAAACAAUGGGAACUUUGCCGAUUCAUUGAAGAGAAAGCUAUGUCUAAUCAGAGAGCAGGAUUCUGUAACAUGCUCUUUUACUGCAUGCUACUCAUUUAA